AUGGCCAACUCUCACGCCCAGAUUAUUUUUGGCGGUGGUAUCUUCUUCGCUCCUGAGUGGUCCACCCCGGAGAAGGUGGAAGAGUUCCUUCAAGCCCUGGAACGGACCAACGUCAAGGCCAUCGACACGGCACAGAUCUACGGCCCAAGCGAGGAACUGUUGGGACAAACCAAUGCCGCGAAGCGCUUCGUCAUUGACACCAAGAUCGGUGGUGGCUUCUUCCCUGGAAGCUCCACCAAAGACCAGGUGAUCAAAAUCGGCAACGAGAGUCUCCAAAAGCUGCGCACGGACACUGUGAACGUUUACUAUAUUCACGCGCCGGAUCGCGAGGUCCCGCUCGAGGAGACCCUCGCGGGCAUCAACGAGCUCUACAAGGAAGGGAAAUUCAAGCACUUUGGUCUGUCGAAUUUCCGCCCGGAGGAGGUUCAGGACGUUGUCCGCGUCGCCAAGGAGAAGGGUUACGUCCUCCCUUCCGUCUACCAGGGCAACUACAACGCCAUAUCCCGCCGCAUCGAGACGGAUUUACUGCCCGUCCUCCGGGAAAACAACAUCCGCUUCUACGCGUACAGCCCCAUUGCUGGUGGGUUCCUGACCAAGACGAAAGAGCUACUCCUUGCUGGCGGCAAGGGACGCUGGGAUCCAAACACCCCAUUUGGUCAGGUCUAUCAUAAGCUGUACAGUAAGCCUGAAUUGCUGGAGGCGCUGGAUGACUGGGCUGAGAUUGCGGCGGCGGAGGGAGUUCCCAAGGCAGAGCUGGCCUAUCGGUGGAUCUUCUUCCAUUCGCAUAUUCGCCAGGAUCUAGGGGAUGCGGUCAUAGUCGGAGCGUCUAGCAUCAGUCAGUUUGAGGAGACGGUGGCGGCGAUUCAGAGGGGUCCUCUGAGUGCGGAUGCUGUGAAGCAGAUCGAUGCGAUCUGGGAGAAGAUCAAGGAUGCGGCUAUCGUGGACAACUUUAAUGCGUGA